UUGCAAGAUAUUUCAUUCAGGACCACCUGGCCUAGUGUCUACAAUCGUGUCACAUCCGAAGCCACAACUGUCCCAUCGACCACUACUGAAGAAGAAACCACUAUUACUACUACUGAUCCCACUACAACUACUACGGAAGAGUGGGUUAAAUUUGUUUGUAUAAGACUUGAAUUUAGAACAACCACCACGACCACUGCUGUUCCAAGCACUACAACCAAAACGGUAAACCCAUGGGCACGAAUUUGGUCCACUACUGCUGCACCAGAGAACACUGUAAGCGUCAGUGUACUUCAAGCCGGAAGUCUUCGUCCACUUCGGGAUGGCCAGUUUGAGACUGUAGGAGCUAUCACGCUGAUCAACGAUAAUGGAUUCCUUGUUCUUGUUGAUACUGGAGCCUCAAGUGAUACGGAGCGACUACUUCAGAGUAUGUUUUGCAGUUUCUACCGUAAUCCUUUAGUAACGAUACAGUACCCCCGCAAGAGUUUCUUUCCAGGUUUGGCCAAGGAAGGUGUUACAUUGGAUCAGAUCAACACCGUCGUCAUUACUCACGGUCAUCCCAGCCAUAUGGGUAACAUGAACUUCUUCGCACAGAAACCAAUUCUGUUCCAUUCGAUGGAGUACAUUGGCCGUCAUGUGACCCCAACGGAACUUCGAGAGCGCCCAUACCGCAAACUUUCGCCUCAUGUCGAGUUGUGGAAGACCCCUGGACAUACACAGCACGAUUUGACUGUCCUGAUUCACGAUGUGGCUAGCUAUGGCACGAUGGCUAUUGUUGGGGAUCUGAUUCCGACAGAGGCUCUCAUCAGCGAAAGGGUAUGACC